AUGGAAAUUGAACCUAGAUAUACAUUUGUGCCUCUUGUACAAAAAAAUUACAUCGGAAUAAACGAUAAAAGAACGCAGGAAUUUCUUUCCAAAUGGGGUAUAAAAGGAAAUUUUGUUAUACAACAUUUUUCGUUUAAUGAAACUUUCCAACAAUAUCACAAAUAUCAUUUAGCUGAAGUUUUCUUUAAAGAUAGUAUUAUAGCAAAAGAACUUUUAACAAAGCAAAGAAAUCAUUGGGUAAAACAAGGUAUAACAGCAACAACUGUAGAAAUAAAGCCUAUUCCUUGUUCUGUUUUGAACAUGUCCUUUUUUAAUAAAUUAAAAAAUCCAAAGAAUGGAAUUGUACAUGGGUCUGGGAUUAUUGGCAAAAGAUAUGACAUGGAAAUAGAAAAUUUCUUAAUUUCUGAUAAUCUUAGAGGAAUGCUAUUAGAUGAAGAAUGUUCAGAGUAUAAUUUAUAUUCAAAAGAUGAACGUGAAGAGUUUAUAUUUAACAUUUUCCAAAUGCUUGUUCUUGGAGGAAUGCUUUGUCAAUAUGAAGAUCUUUUAGAUUCAUAUUUAGAAGUGACUAAAGCUAUUUAUAAAGAUUUAAUAAGGGUGCAAAAAGGUGAAGAUGGGGAUUUAUCAAUUAGUACUAUAGUUCUGCAAGUAGUGGCUAAAGAUAAUAGAGGACAAGCAUAUUUUCCAUAUGAUCCAUCUCACAAACAAAAUAUGGGAUUUUUAUUAGUUGACAGUGUUACUCAUGAAGUUACAACAUUCUUGCACCAGUUUGGAGUAUAUUGUCUUUCACAAUGA